AUGUACAGAAUCUCUGAAUCCGUAGUGGGAAACCCGCAAGUCAACCACUUUGUCAAUAAUGCUGUUGAAAACGCCGGGGUCAAGAGCCUUCAUGGUUGGCACUUUGGACCGAUUCCGUAUGCCAACGACGGCUGGAUCCCCCCUCGUCAAGUUGCCGCUGCCGAGGCAGGAACAGCUAUUCCCAUAGUUAGCAACAAUGACAAUGCAGAUGAUACGCGUCCCCACGAUGCCGAAGUCCUCUCACUACUCAACCCUGGUGUCUGCUGCAUUGAUCUUGAUGGUCGUGGUACAAUGUGUGGUGUCACCUUCAAGAGCCAACCCUCUCUUCGACGUCAUUAUCGACAAUUCCACCCCGGAGCCCUUGUCAGUGUUCGACGCGCCAUGAUCUCCGUCCCCGAGCGCCUUGCCGGCUUCAAUGCGUUGAAGCAUGUAGUCUUGAACAAGAUUUGGCGCAACGCCUCGUUUCUCAAGGAGCCUGGACGAGGUCCUCGCGGCGGAAUAAUUGACGAGUACGCUACCGCUCUCGAGUAUCUUGCCGCGACCGAUGCCAAAUUUGCCGCCAGAUGGGGAACCCUUUUCCACCGCGAGGGUGUGUUUCGCCUGAGACCAGCACGUGAAGAAUAUCAGGCCGACUUGCCAAGAGGUCAGCGACCAGCGUCCAGUAUGCAGCCAGACACCCGGAUCCACGACCCCUUGAUCAAGCCUUCCGUGUCUACGGGAUACGAUUCUGGCUCGGAUACACCCAUCGUCACUCAAGCACGUCGAGUUAAACGCGGUGGCCGUACUCGGCACAGCCCCAGUCCAGUUGAAUCUCCCGAUCGACGUCAGAGUAAAGCGCAAAGACAACCAGCUGCUUCUGCCGGUCGCAAGCCGAACCAAUUCCGCCGAUGGUACGACUCCCUCGAGAGCGAUCUUGCUAGAUUCCAGUCCCUCGCGUUCAGAGCGUUCCUAUCGGCCAAUAUUGAACACAGCCAAUGCCCGGCACUGCACGAAUACGAUCACGGUUGGAGGGAAUCAAUCAAAUUCGUCUCGAGCUGCCAGCGUCUCGAGUACUGA